AUGCCCCCCAAGGGUCAGAGGAGUUUGAAUAUUGCACAGCCCCUUUCAUCAAGCCGGGCUCAAUCGGCCAAUGCUAUAUUACGUUCUGCAGCGAGCGCGAUGGCAACGUCGGGACCAGCGGCUUCCAAGUCUUCUCCAAGAACAUCAUGUUUCCCCAGGGCGUUCAUGUCUACAGGGAACGCACGAAAUGAAAUGGAGGCUUACUAUGAGCAGCUUCUGAGUCAGGACCGUGUUGAUGGAGUGGAUGCGUUUGGGAAGAACGGAAUUCAUCUUCUUUGCAAGGGCCUCGGUAUUAAACCAGAAUCUUUUGAGAUGUAUACACUUAUUUGGAAAAUGGGUGUCACACGGGGCUGUUGUAUUCCUCGUGCAGACUGGCUUAAAACGAUUUACACAUACAAAAUUGAACAACCAAUGGAUUUGAAGUUAGUUCUCGUUGAGUGGGUGAAAGAGUCCAGAGGAGAUAGCUUUACAGAAUUCUACAACGACCUAUACGAUUACAUCCGUGGCGAGGAGGCUCGUCUUAUGCCUUAUGGAACGGCCGUGGAAGCUUGGGCGGUUCUUUUUCAAAAUGAGCCCCGCAUAAUUCCUUGGAUUAAAUGGUAUUCAGAUAUCUAUAGGCGGGAAGUUACACGCGAUGUGUGGAGGCAAAUUGGGAUUUUCUUGUCAGCUGUCCCAAAUAUUGAGGCAUACAACGUCGAGGACAGAUGGUCGUGCGCUAUAGACAGCUAUGUGGAAUGGUGUAAAGUUUCUGGUUGA